GAAAGAGCCGCAGGGCUGGGGUUCAGAGUGGAGGAGGCCGCAGGGCUGGGGUUCAGAGUGGAGGAAGCCGCCCGGUCUGGACAGCGUGACCACGGGAAGGGGCGCCGCCCGCGGCCCGUGGAGCACUUUCCUGCCCUGGCACCCUAGGCCACAUCUGCUCGAAACCCUCCACGACCCUCCGAGUUACCUCCUCUCAUUGUUCCCGUUUCGCAGAUGAGGAAACUGAGGCUCAGAGAGGUCACAUGGCUUGCUCGAGGCCCCCCAGCCAGUGUGACCCUGCAUCCCUGUCCCCUGGGCCACUUGCAGGACGCUGGCCCCUCCCUCUCAGGAGACGCCGGCGAGAGAUGAGUAGCAGCAAAGAGCAGCGGUCAGCAGUGUUCGUGAUCCUCUUUGCCCUCAUCACCAUCCUCAUCCUCUACAGCUCCAACAGUGCCAAUGAGGUCUUCCAUUACGGCUCCCUUCGGGGCCGAGGGUACCGGCCCAACCUCAAGAAGUGGAGCCUCACCGAUGGCUUCGUCCCCAUCCUGGGGAACAAGACGCUACCCUCCCGGUGCCACCAGUGUGUGAUUGUCACCAGCUCCAGCCAUCUGCUGGGCACCAAACUGGGCCCUGAGAUUGAGCGGGCAGAGUGCACGAUCCGCAUGAACGACGCGCCCACCACGGGCUACUCGGCCGAUGUGGGCAACAAAACCACCUUCCGCGUGGUGGCCCACUCCAGUGUGUUCCGGGUGCUGCGGAGGCCCCAGGAGUUUGUCAACCGGACCCCCGAAACCGUGUUCAUCUUCUGGGGUCCCCCGAGCAAGAUGCAGAAGCCGCAGGGCAGCCUGUUGCGCGUCAUCCAGCGGGCAGGCCUGGCGUUCCCCAACAUGGAGGCCUACGCCGUCUCUCCCGCCCGCAUGCAACAGUUCGACGACCUCUUCCGGGGUGAGACGGGAAAGGACAGGGAAAAGUCCCAUUCGUGGUUGAGUACGGGCUGGUUUACCAUGGUGAUUGCGGUGGAGUUGUGUGACCACGUGCACGUCUAUGGCAUGGUCCCCCCUGACUACUGCAGCGGCCCCGUCUACAACGCAUGCCCUACCACUACUAUGAGCCCAAGGGGCCAGACGAGUGUGUCACCUACAUUCAGAACGAACACAGCCGCAAGGGCAACCACCACCGCUUCAUCACUGAGAAGAGAGUCUUCUCGUCGUGGGCCCAGCUGUACGGCAUCACCUUCUCCCACCCCUCCUGGACCUAGGUCAUCCUGCCUGAGAAACCUGAGGGACACAGAAGUGGCUCUGGGCUCAGCCACCCGAGCACAAGCCAGCUUCUCACCAAUGGAGGCUGGCAGAGUGUCUCCCAGCCAAUCAGGGGCUUGAUGAGGGUAUAUCCUCCAGCCAAUCAGAGUGCCUGGGGAUAUCUCUUGGCCAAUCAGGGAUUUGGGAUUCUAUGUGGUUCAUCAGGGGUGUCAGGUCUUUCUUGUCGAGUCAGGGUCUGAGCAUAGUCAAUCAGGGUACAGGGGUCUUUCUGAGUCAGUCUGAGGCUAAGGACCUGUCCUUUCCCAUGAGGCCUUGGUUCAGAGGCCCAGGAAUGGACCCCAAAUCACUCCCUACUCAGCUGGGACUAUGGGGUCCUUCGCAAGGAGCUGUGAAUAUGGUGUUGGGCCCCCAGUUCCUCCAUCACAGGGAGACAGUGUGGGCAGGUGCUGUCUGGAGGUGAGGCCAGAGAAUCGGGGGGGGUGUAGUGGAGCUGUGAGGAGGCCCAACAGGUAGGAGGCUGGGAUCCAGGUCUCGGCUGAGUGACUUUGGACCAAGCCCUCCCCAUUUCCGGGCACCCUUCUGCCCACAUCAGGUUCUACUGUGGUGUCUGAGACCCUCCCGCCUCCCCCACCCAGCACCCUGUUGACCCCAACAUGGGAACCCCAACCUCUGCCCCUUGCUGAGGGGCUCAGAGGCUCGGGGGACCUGGGGUGCACGUCUCCACCUCCUGGAGAACCUUAGGGUAUUUUUGUGCAAACUCCCCAGGGUUGGGGGACACCGAGAGGAAUAGGACAAACCUCAGCUUGUUUUCUUGGCCUCUCAGCCCAGCUGCCAUUAGCUUGGCUCUGAAAGGGCCAGGCCUCCUUUUUCUACCCUCCGGCAGAAGAGGUCCCCACCUGUUGGAGGAGACUUUGGGGCUGAGAAAGGGGAUCCCAGCACACUGGGAUCCCAUGUGGCCUUUGUCUGGCAAUGUCGAGGGCUUCUGGGGUCUCCCCCGAGCAGGCCUUGGGAUGGCUGUCACCUGGGCUCUGUCCCCUCAAGAAGGCACUUUACUAAAGCUGGCGCUGCGUGGGGUUCAUUUCCCCCCACUUUUCCAGAGCUUGGAAGGGCAGGGCUUCUGGGAGGAGACUGUGGAGUGGAAGGAAUCAACAGCGGAAGCCAGCUGCAAGCCAUUGCCCAUUAGGGUGACACAGGGCAGUGACAGGCCCAGACUUGGUUUUGUAAUGAUUUGUACAGGAAUAAACACACCUAAGCUCCAGCUCUG